AUUGACCAAGCCAGUGCAUCACACAUUCAGACUGUACCGUGAUUUUCUGGGGCGCCUGAGACCCGUGCUGCUGACAACAGAGGCAGCGGUAUUGGCGACCGCCGGCGGAUUCCCGGCGUCAUCUUUUGUUAUCAUUGAAUUCUAGCAAGCUAGCAGCCACAGCUGAAAGACGGAGCCGUCGGCAGGUGGAUAAUGACAGCAAAACCCCAUCGCCUUCACCAAACCUUAGUGGCAGUAUUGAGCUCCGCUAAGAAGCCACGGAUGAUGAGCACCAACUCUGCCAUGAAUGAGGAAUUCGCAAAGCACGCCCAGCACCUUAACCAACUUAAUGACAAGCGUGAGAGAGUCAUAAAGGCUAGCCGUGAUGUUACAAUGAACAGCAAGAAAGUCAUUUUUCAAGUGCACAGGGCCAACAAAGACAAUAGAGAAGAAGUGUUGUCCAAAGCUGAAAAGGAUCUGGCAGCCGUGACUAACCAGUUUAUGGCAAGAAUAGUAAAAGAAUUGCAAGGAAAUGAUUUUUGGAAGCUUAGGCGUGCAUAUACAUUUGCUAUUCAGGAAUAUGUUGAAGCCGCAACAUUCUGUAGAUUCUGCAGGAACGGGUCUCUUCUAGAUCUCAAUGAGAUUAAUGCUACUCUCCUACCACUAAGUGAUCAAUAUGAUGAACCCUUGCAAAUAAAUCCCCUUGACUACCUCUUGGGGCUUGCAGAUUUGACUGGUGAGUUAAUGAGGCUAGCCAUAGGCAGGAUAUCAGACGGAGAAGUCGAGUAUGCUGAAAAAAUAUGUAGAUUUGUACAAGAUAUAUACAGAGAAUUAACCCUUCUUGCUCCUAUCAUGGAUGAUAAUGCCGACAUGAAGAAGAAAAUGGAAACAAUGCUCCAAAGCGUAAUGAAGAUUGAAAAUG